AUGAAUAAUGUAGAACGGGUGGGGAGGCACAUAGUCCGUACCUUUUACGAUCCGCCGCCCGUCAACGACGACGACGCUCCGAUAUGGUGUCUCGGCGUCCGCUACGACUCUAGGCCUACCACCAACGGUCAUCCCUCCAGCCCGCCCACCCAGAAGAGUCCUCCGGUUAAGAAGAGCCCCGAGCCCACCACAAAAGCAGAUGAGGAGCAGACACCGGUCGUGGAAGAGGACAGUUGGAUCCACGCCAAGUGCGAGGAGCCGGCGAAGCAGGUGGAGAUCCCAAAGCCCGUCGUCGACCCCGCCUCGGCGAGCGUGUAUGGCGGAUGGCCGCAGGAUUUCCUGGACGACUUCGAGUCAAGGAUAUGGAUGACAUACCGGUCAGGCUUCAAGCCCAUGCCGCGGUCGCAGGACCCAAAGGCUACGGCGGCGAUGAGCUUCCGGGUGCGAUUACAGAACCUGAACCAGAGCGGCUUCACAUCGGACACUGGAUUUGGUUGUAUGAUUAGGUCAGGACAGUGUAUAUUGGCAAAUGCUCUAGCGAAUAUCAGGCUGGGGAGAGCAUGGAGACGCCAUAAUCCCUCUACCGACGAGGAAGAGCGCCGCGUACUAUCUUUAUUCGCCGACGACCCCAAAGCGCCUUUCUCGAUACACAAAUUCGUUGAGCGCGGAGCGAUAGCAUGCGGGAAAUACCCUGGAGAAUGGUUUGGGCCUUCUGCAACCGCACGAUGUAUACAGGAUUUGGCAAACGAGCACAAGGAAGCCGGUCUGCGUGUCUACAUCACUGGUGACGGCUCCGACGUCUAUGAAGAUAGCUUCCUCGAAAUCGCCAAAGACGAAGAUGACACAUUCCACCCUACACUCAUACUAAUAGGGACCCGGCUCGGCAUAGACAAGAUCACGCCCGCAUACUGGAACUCGCUCAAAGCGUCGCUGCAAAUGCCCCAAUCCAUGGGCAUCGCCGGUGGUCGCCCCUCCGCCUCCCACUACUUCGUCGGCACCCAAGCUAACACUCUCUUCUACCUCGACCCACACGACACGCGCCGCUUCCUCCCACACCCCUCGCCCCCCAACUCCCUCACCCCCGAAGAAGUCGACACAUGCCACACGCGCCGCCUGCGCCGCAUCGACAUCAAGGAGAUGGACCCGUCCAUGCUCGUAGCCUUCCUCAUCAAAGACGCGGCCGACUGGGCCGACUGGCGCGCCACGGUGCAGGGCGCGCAGGGCAAGGCCAUCAUCCACAUCGCUCCCCAAGCACCGCCUCGCACCGAGGAGCGCGCGGGCGCAGUCGACGAGGUGGAGAGCUUUGACGAGCAUGACGACGACGAGGGCAGUGACUGGGGCGAGGCGAGUGCCGCUGCGAGCGCGAACACGGAGGGAGAGGUCAUUGUCGAGAGGCCUGUCGCGGAGGCGCCUGUCAUGGUCAGGACGCCCACCGUGGAGGCACCUGUAGUCGUCGAUACACCUACCCAAGAGGCGCCGGUCGUAGUCGACACACCUACCCCAGAGGCACCCGUCCUUGUUGAGGCGCCUGGGAAGCCGGAGUCGUAG